UACUUUUUGAACACAUUGAUACUUGAACAUAAUAUUUACCGGGCCAUCGAAUCGUCAAAUUGUUGCUAGGCCCUGCCCGAAGUCCAAAAUUUCGGUUCUCACCUUCUCCUCUCUUCGCCUAAGAGAAGGGGGGUAGAUAUAAUGCGAGCUUUUUAUGAUGAUAUGAACAGGACUUAAUAACGUCUGCACAUGUGCGAGAUCUCUUGGCUCGCGUUAGCGCCAAUAGCCUGGGCACCAUAACAAACUUCGAAAAAAUGGCGGCGAUUUUAAAACGUUUCGUAUAGCGCCCGGUUUUUGGUGAAAAGGUAGCGCCAAACUGAAAACGGUAGAAAUAAAUCUUCACGCUAGUUCCCUCGUUCAUUGACCAGCACACACACUUUUGUACACUGAUGUUUAAAGGUUGUACACUUAGUGAAAACAGCGUGUUAACACGAUAGAUUUAUUGAAGACUUUAUCUGAGCUAUGGGCUAAUAGUUUGGGGCCAGGCAUGUAGAUCAUAUCUUGAUAAGCUUCUAAAGCUGCAAAAACGAGCACUACGUUUUAUCUAUUUUUCUGACCGUAAUCAGCAUGCAAUUCCUCUAUUUUCCGAUGCUGUUAUUUUACUGCUACAAUUUUCUUAUUAUGAGCUCACAGCUAACCUGAUGUUUGAUAUUAGACACAAAAACACGCCUAGAAGUAUUCGAGACCUGUUUCAAGACAUUUCUUAUAUUCACCCAUAUAAUACCCGAUCCUCUGCUUUGCACAACUUCUACACACAAAGCUCUAGGCUCUCUAUUCAAUUGAACUUGUUUUCUAGAAUUGGAAUAAAAAUUUGGAACGAGAUGCCUCUUACAUUAAGGAAUCUCCCAAAAAAUGACUUUAAGAGAAAAAUUAAAAGAGUACUUUUCAACAUUCUGUCUUCUGAAGACUGCUAUCUCGACAUACGAAACAUCAUUCAAAAGGUCAAAUUUUCUUAAGGUUUUUAAUGUAUUUCUAGAAUAACAAGUAGAGCCUUAAUUGUACUAUUUUUGUAGUAUCUUUGUUUUUAUACCUACUCUUUUAAUUUAACUUCCUGAUUUCUGUAAACCUGUAUACUUAUUCUCUCUAAUUAAUUUCCUGAUGUCUGUAAACUUGUAUACCAACUUUUUUUCUUAGUUAAGACAUGACCCACCUAGAUUACCUAGCUACCUGUGGGCAUGUUCAAUUUGUUAAAAUAGUUAUUAGAAAUUAGAAUAAAUAAAUAAAGGUUGUUGUUGUAUCUGCUCCUUACUUUUCAGAGACACACUAAGGCAUCUACAUCUUCUCCAACCAGUACUCAAUCAUCUGAUGGCAGACAGGAGAGUGCUUCACAAAGCAUGGCCAGUCAACUUGACAAAACACUACAAAAUAAGGAAAUUGACAUCUUCAGGAACAGUGACAUGUGUCUCAUUCAAAUAAUGGAAUUUAUCGAUCGAGUAAGUCGUUAUUCAACUGAACAGGAAAGCAUCACGUUCGCGCCGAAAUUUUGAUCUUGUUGUAAUGACAUGUCGCACAUGCGCAGACGUUAUUCAGCCCUGUCGAUGAUAGGUCAGCAUUAGAUUCCAUCCACCAAAACCACCUCGGUCGAGAAGGACUGAGGUGGAAUGCUUAAUCUUAAAGCAAGAACCAAAGGUAAACUUGCAGAUGGCAAACCCAUUGGAGGACGGGGCCGACUGACUGAGAGCCGCAUUAAACGCCUUCAGAAGUACUAUGGUCUAGCCAUUAGACAAAACACCCUAACUAAAGCAAACCUAACAGAAAGAGAGGUUGAUGUUGCUGUUUACACCAUGAAGAAAAAUAUCAUUGCCAUCCUCCAUCACAGUGUCCAGUCACAAGAUGCUGCUAAACAACAUCGCUUCUGCCCUGUUGGUGAGGAUUCCUGGUGUAAAUGGCAACAAGAUUGUGCUACUGGAACAAAUACUUAUGAAGCAGGUGACUGUUUGCCUGAAGUGUUCUUUGAACUGCUGAAGCCAACAUUCAUCACACUUAGUGAAACUAAGCUGCUCCAAAGGUGUGUGCGUGGCGCCACCCAAAAUCGCAAUGAAUGCAUCAACGGACUGGUGUGGGCACGCUGCCCAAAACACAAGCAUCAUGGUGCCAAGGUCAUUAGAUGUGCAGUUGCUUCUACUGUGUGCCAUUUUCAUAGUGGAGCUGCCAGCAGAGCAAGAAUAAUGCAGAGACUGGCAAUUCCAGCAGGGGAGUACACUCAGAAGGCCUCAGAAGAAAAGGACAAGAGGCGAUUGAGAAAAUCGGACCUUCAGACCUCUGCUAAAGAAAAGAAGCGCCGGCAAGGAGAGCAAAUGAGGCGCACACGCAGAGAAGAUGCCCUACGGGAGGCUGAUGGUGAUACCUAUGAACCUGGAGGCUUCUAAGUGACUGAAAGAAACAUUUGCUAUGAUAUUCGAUAGUUGAUAGCCAUGCAAAUUUGUGCAGUCAAUCUUCGUUUUAGCUUUUAAACUUUAAUCGCACUUUUCUCAAAAUGUGCAUUUUGCGCAUUCUAGAAAACAUAUCUCAUAGAGGAUUUAACCAAUUGACUUGAAAUUUUCAAUGUUUAUUGCUUUCAAAGAGUAUCUGGGGAUGAGCAAAGGGUUUUUCUGUAGCUUUACUUUGUCAAAAGUUACAAAGAAAAUUGUGGUGGAAAUUCACCCCAAAAAUUUUGCUUUACUUUAACUGGAGGCUGGAACCAAAGUUUUUUAUAUUUUUUAAAACUCUAUGCUCAUCCCCAUGAUUAGCCUAUAUACUAUAUAGUUAUAAAAACAAAUCAGAGCUAGCUGCAUUCCAUAUCAAGAUUUCUUUUCUAGAGUACAUGUGGGUUGUGCACAGUAUGGGGUAACAAUAUUUUACUGGUAUCAGGUUACAAAUAAACUGUGUGCAGAAAUAAUUGAAAAAACUGAAAUCUGUGAUUCAUUAGCUUUUCAGUGAUAUAUGGUUUUAUAUGGUUUGAUUAAAAACUGUGGA